AUGAUUGGAGCGUCCAACGCAGAUGAACUGACGGAGACGAAACGAGAAAUAGAGCAUGCAUUGUCACUUCAUGGAUUUCCACUUCGAAAGUGGGCAUCAAACAACGCAAGCGUACUGGAAGGAAUUCCAGAGAAAGACUUGGAACCAUUGAUCCAAGUUGGUGACCAAGAGGUCAUAAAGACAUUGGGGAUAGCCUGGAACCCCAAAACAGACGUGUUCCAGUUCAUCAGUACGAAAAACAUAGGUGAAACAUACGAAGCGCUCACAAAGCGACAGAUGGUCUCGAAGAUUUUGAGACUGUAUGACCCAAUCGGAUUGAUACAACCUGUAAUCAUUACAGCUAAAAUAUUGAUGCAAGAAUUGUGGACUUAUAACGUCAGCUGGGACGAUGAUGUUCCAGAUCAAGCACUAAGCUCAUGGAAGAAGUUCGAAGCUUCAUUAGUGGAGCUCAGCAAGAUAGAAAUACCUCGGAUGUCGACUCCGAGUCAUACGAUCGCACUAGAUUUACACGGAUUCAGUGACGCCUCCGAAAAGGCUUAUGGAUGCGUCAUUUACUUACAUGCAAUCAACUUAAAAGGAGAAGAGAGUACGAAUCUCUUAUGUUCGAAAUCGAGAGUGGCGCCUUUGAAGAAGGUCACUCUGCCCCGUCUGGAACUCUUGGCGGCGGCACUUCUAGCAGAACUAACUGCUAAAAUAAAGAGCAUUCUGGCCGGUCGAAUCUCGUCGGAAUAUUACUACAGUGAUUCACAAGUAGCGCUAAGUUGGAUCAAAUCUUCAAAUACACGUUGGGGAACCUUCAUUAGAAAUAGAGUGCAGAAGAUACACUCCACCACGAAUCCAGAGCAUUGGAAAUAUAUAUCUACGAAAGAAAAUCCGGCUGAUAUGGUUUCGAGAGGAAUUCCAGUCAGAAAAUUACGCGAAGCAAAACUAGAAUUUUGGUUACACGGACCGGAAUGUAUACGAAGAAGACAAUAUUAUCUGCAGAGCGGCUACGAAUACACUGCUGCUGCAGAACAGGAAGAGAUUAAAGAACCAAUAACACGAUUGGUAGCAGCAACAGGAAAGGCAUGCGAAGACUUAAUCGCAAAAUACCCGCACCAUCACACUCAUGACAAAACAGUAAGACACUUUGCAUGGCUGUGUAGAGCCAUAAACAAUAUGAAGAAGGUCAAUAAAGACACAGGCAUCAGAAACGAAAAGAGAUCGGGCCCACUCACCACCACUGAAUUGAAUGAAGGACUAACACUCGUAGUCCGAAUUAUGCAAGCCACUAUUUAUCCAAAUGAAGUAGCGGAAUUACGAAAAACUGGGAAGGUGCCUACGAAAGGACCUUUCCAGCAUCUCAACGCAAUCGUCAGAAAUGGAGUCAUACAUGUCACAGGGAGACUCCACAAUGCAGAAAUGCCCAUCUCACAAAAGAAUCCAAUAUUGAUUCCCAAAUCGCACCCAUUUUCGAGGGUAAUAAUUCAAAAAAUACAUGAGGAUAGAUUUCACGCCGGAACAGAUCUGGUAAUAAACGAAUUUCGACAAAGAUUUUGGAUGAGGGAUCUCCGAAGGACCGUACAAGGAGUCAUUCAACGAUGCAUCUUAUGUGCCAAAGCGCGGCCCAGACGUUUACAGCAACGAAUGGGACAACUGCCCUCGCCCAGGGUAAAUGAAUCAGUAGCGUUCACUCACACGGGAGUGGACUUAUGUGGGCCAUUCGAAGUAUAUCUCAAUCAAAAAUCGAAAUGCAAGACCACAGCAUAUGCUUGCAUCUUCAUAUGUUUUGCGACCAAAGCAGUUCACCUAGAAGUCGUCGAAGAUCAGUCGACGGCAGCGUUCAUAUCAGCACUUCUCCGUUUCACAUCAGUGAGGGGAAUACCCGAGGUUAUUUACUCCGACAAUGGGCGGAACUUUGUCGGGGCCAGCAGAGAACUCAAUCGUUUACGAAGAAUAUAUAACAAUGAAGUUUUUCAAAACAAAUUAGUUGAUAUUGCGGCAACUCACAGAAUAAGAUUUUCAUUCAUUCCACCCCGAAGCCCCAGCUUUGGAGGACUUUGGGAAGCGAACAUAAAGGUAGCCAAGCGGCUCUUUAGUGCAGCGGCCAGAGGAGCACAGCUAAACAUCAUGGAAUUGCAGACACUGUUCUACCAAGUGGCCGCAAUAAUGAAUUCGCGACCACUCACACCUGUUUACACGACGCCAGAUUCACCGACCGCGAUCACACCCGGUCAUUUUUUGAUAGCACGCCCAAUGCUAGCCGUGCCCAUCCCUACGCAGAGUGAGGAUGGAAGCAAUCUCACAACCAGAUGGAAACGAGUACAAUCGCAGCUCGAACAAUUUUGGAGAAGAUGGAGAGACGAGUAUCUCCACCAGUUACGUGAUUAUGCAAAAUGGACCAAGCAACAAGCCAACGUUAAGGUAGGCCAAAUCGUAUUGAUCGGAGACGAUCACCUUCCCGUAGCAAGGUGGCCUAUGGGAAUUGUCACACAAAUACACCCUGGAGAUGAUGGAGUAGUCCGAGUGGCAGUAGUGCGAACCGCUACCGGAAUUUACAAACGCAACGUGCGAACACUUGCUCCUCUACCAGUCGAGGAGCACACCAUUCAACCCAUUAUAGAAGAGUAUGACAACACAGCUGAUAACGAACAGCAAUCUCAAGCCGAAGCAAUCGAACUAGAAGACGAUCCCCCUCCCCAAGCACCCCAAAUGAUUUGGGACGGUAGACUACGCCCUCGUCCCAAAGGGGGGAGAAAAUGGAAGUACACGAAAUCAGAUUGGGUGACGACCCUAUGA